AUGACAAAUGGGAAAUCUGAAAUCAGUUUGAAGAUUAUAGCUUACUCUAAAUGUAUUUUCAUUAACUUUUUUCUUUUAAUUCAAUUUUGCUCAGUUUUCCUUUCGAGUUAUAUCUAUACCAGUAUUUUAUUGACAAUAUAUAGUAAAAGAGUUUCUUUUUUCUUCUCGUACAAUUUUUUAACUUUAAAUACUUAA